AUGCAGAGCCCGACUCUGGACUUUAAUCGAUUGGAGGUUUUGUCAUUACUCGGUCGUGGUGCUAAAGGAGUUGUGUUCUUGGUGAGAGACACCAACAACGACCAAGAUGAUAAAUUGCUUGCUUUGAAAGUUAUACUUAGAGAAGCGAUCGAGAAGAAGAAGAAGAAGAAUAAUAAAACGACGAGCGAUGAGUAUAAGCGCGUGAGUUUCGAGCAAGAAGUAUUAAGCAGAUUCGACCAUCCUCUCUUUCCGUCUCUUCACGGUGUGUUAUCAACAGAUAAAGUAAUCGGUUACGCGAUCGAUUAUUGUCCCGGAAAAAAUCUCCAUUCCUUGAGGAAUAUGCAAUCGGAGAGCAUGUUUUCCGACGAGAUCAUCAGGUUUUACGCGGCGGAGCUUGUGCUCGCGCUUGAUUAUUUGCACAAUCAAGGAAUCGUUUACAGAGAUCUGAAGCCAGAGAAUGUGAUGAUCCAGGAAAACGGACAUUUGAUGCUCGUGGAUUUCGAUCUAUCAACGAAUCUGGCUCCGAGAACGCCGCAACCGUCUCCGUCGCCAUCUUCGUCGAGUAAUCCGUCGCCGGCGAGGAGAAAGAAGAAGCGUUUCCUCCGAUUCGGCAGUUUCUGCAACUCCGGGAUCUCGCCGGAAGAAGAAGAAGAAUCGAAUUCGAUGGGCUCAUCGAUUUCUACGGCUUCAUCGGCACUGGCGGUGUCGGAUUCUUCACGAGCGGAGAAGUCGAAUUCGUUCGUCGGAACAGAGGAGUACGUCGCGCCGGAAGUUGUCAACGGAGGAGGUCACGAUUUCGCCGUCGAUUGGUGGUCGUUAGGUGUGGUUCUGUACGAGAUGUUGUAUGGAACGACGCCGUUUAAGGGAUUAAACCGGACGGAGACAUUUUUUCGAAUAUUAACCAGACCGCCGAAUCUAGUCGGUGAAACGACGGCGUUGCGGGAUCUGAUAAGAAGAUUGUUGGAGAAAGAUCCUAGCCGUAGGAUUAGCGUUGAGGAAAUCAAGGGUCACGAUUUCUUCAGAGGGGUAGAUUGGGAUAACGUGGUGUUGGUUUCUAGACCGCCGUAUAUCCCGGCGCCGGACGAUGGGGGUGAUAAGGGUAGAGAUGGAAAUACGAUAAUUGAUGUGGAGAAUAUCGUCCAGGAAAUUUUUGCGGCACGAGAAGAACGUGAGAAACAGAGUGGAAAUGAUAAAAAUAGUGCUAAUUUGAACGUUAAAGGUGAAAAAAGUGGGGGAUGGGUUAGAGAGUUGAAAACUAAUAGCCAUUUGGAAAGUGAUAAUAAUUUUUUGGUAUUUUAA